ACAUAAUAACUCAAUAUGCAAAAACAUCAAACCAAAACUGCUCUUGAAAAUAUAUCGGACUCGUUUUCCGUAAUUGUUAGUACUUCCGGUCAAAACACGUCAGCCUCAGACUCACUCCAGGUGCUAAGAAUGUCUGGUGAAUUUGGAGGAAAUGAUGGCUUUUACAGCGGAGAAUACAAUUAUGACCAAAAUACCAAUUAUGAAAUGGGACCUGGGCAGUUCGGACAAGAUGCUCAGUUUGGUCAGUUUGACUAUAGCCAGGGCUUCAGUUCGGAGCAGCCUUACACUGCCUCCCCGACCAACAUGUACACUGGGUCCAUCAUGACUCCUGACACCAAUGCUGCAUUCGUGAGCCCCAGCAGUUCUGACAGCUAUGAAGAUGAGCCACCACUUCUAGAAGAACUUGGAAUAAACUUUGACCACAUAACCCAGAAGACAUUAGCUGUUUUAAACCCAUUCAAAGCAGCUGAACAUGACAUGAUGCAGGACACAGAUUUAGCAGGGCCUCUUGUUUUCUGUCUGGCUUUUGGGGGUUCUCUAAUGCUGUGUGGCAAGCUACAGUUUGGCUACAUCUACGGGAUCGGUGUGGUGGGCUGCAUGGCGAUGUACUUCCUGCUGAACAUGAUGAGUCUGACUGGGGUCUCUGUGGGCUGCGUGGUCAGUGUUCUGGGCUACUGUCUCCUACCCAUGGUCAUUCUCUCCUCAUCAGCAGUCUUGCUGUCUUUAAAAGGAAUGAUUGGAAUUGUUUUGACGGUGCUGACAGUGGUCUGGUGUAGUUUCUCCUCCUCCAAACUUUUUGUGUCAGCUCUUUCAAUGGAAAAUCAACAGCCUCUUGUGGCUUACCCGUGUGGACUUGUAUAUGGUGUUUUCGCCUUAUUAACUGUAUUUUAAGAUCUGCCAGAAAAAAACUGCCCACUCUGUUGUUUUAAAAGCAUUGAUUCUUUGGAAUAAUUUUGCAGUCAUCAUCAUUAUUAUGUCAACCAAGUGAUCAUCUAAAUAUUUUCCAGCUAAAAAUUUUGGAAAUAUGUGCAACAGAUUUUGGACAUUUUAAACCAUUAAGAAAAGGAUAAUGUUCAUUUAAAUUGACACAGGAGAAAGAAUAUUUAUCUUUACCAUGUUUUUUUAUUACAAUGAAAAUAAGAAUAUAUUGUAUUUAACUUGUACAGAUAGUCUUACAGUGUUUCAUAACUUAUUACACACGAUUCAGACAUACAUGACAUUUGUGUUAAUGUUAAAAAAUACUAAAAAUGUAAGUUAUUUUUCAAUGAGUUAACUUUGUUGUUGCUAUGCUUGCAUGCUUAAAAUUGUAUUGAAAUGCAUGCAGUCUGAAUUUUAUGAAUUAUGAAAUGAAAAGUACAUUGCCAUGAUUUACCUUUGUCUUAAUUACAUUGUUUGUUAAAUGACUAUUUCAAACACAAACAUAUUAAAAUUAUUGUUUCAUACCAUAAAUAAAAAAUGUUGAUAAAAAUAUUAAAGUUUG